AUGUCAAUGCUUAAUAAAUUCAGAAGAGACCCGUCCAAAGUUCGGAGAAAGACCAACGGCGACGAGGAAGAAGCAGAGAAGCGAUCUAUCCCCUCCGGUCCAAAUCCUUUGCACAACAGUUUGAUGUUCGACAUCGAUGGAGGAGGAAACAAUGGAUUCAUCGAGGAAGAAACUUCGUCUCCGAAAAGCAUCAUUUCGUCGGAGACAUUUACCGGAGAAAGCGGCGGAUCCGGCAGCGCAACAACGACGUUGAGUAGAAAGGAUUCAACAUUCGAUUGCAAACAUAGGGGAGGUAAAGAAAGUGAGACGAAGGAGAUGGGUCGUAGAGUUGCAUUUAGAACGAGAUCGAAGAUUGAUGUGAUGGAUGAUGGUUAUAAAUGGAGGAAGUAUGGCAAGAAAUCUGUCAAAAACAACAGUAACAAGAGGAAUUACUACAAAUGCUCAAGUGAAGGUUGCGUGGUGAAGAAGAGGGUAGAGAGAGAUGGUGAAGAUGCAGCUUAUGUGAUUACAACAUACGAAGGAGUCCAUAACCAUGAGAGUCCCUCUCAUGUCUAUUACAGUGACAUGGUCUUGUCUUAUGAUCAUGAUCAAUGGAACCAACACUCCCUUCUUCAAUCUAUCUAG